CGCUAAAGCAAAUGAAAGCGAAACGUUUUGUUGAGAGUCCUACAUUUCUAUGUAGAAUCCACCCUAUUAUAAAAAGAAGUGCAUUAACAUUGAAUUGACAUCGGAAAAUGGAAGUAAAAUUGGCCAAUCGAAAAACGCACGCAAACUGAAUUAUACAAUACGAAAUAUAAGAAACUAUUAUUAUUGUUUGAACGUGACCUGUGAAGUGCUUAGUUUUAAUACUCUGAAAAAUGUCCCAUUAUCAUUAAAAACUCUACGUCUAAAUAUUCAGCGGCAGCUAAAGAAUUCUCUUCCAUUUGAAUAAGUUCCAAAUCGUUGUUUAGCAAAUGUUCAAGUUCUGAAUUCAGUCCUCAAAUAUUCUAUCAGAAAAACUACAAGUGAAUCGUUAAUUCAGUGGAGCUCAAGUGCCAAUCUCUGCUGUUAUUGAGUGCCCCCGUCUUGUGUGCAGCGGUUUUCCAAGUGGGGAAAGAAGAGAACCGCGCUCCGCCGCAGCCGCCAUGACAUUCCAAUGCAAAAUGAGAACGACAACGCUACUUGUGGCUGUGGCGUUGCUGGCGCCGCGCGCGGCCUGCAAAACAAUGGCCCGUCUGACCGGCGUGGCAGGAUCCACAAGCACAUCCUCGACCCUGGCUUGGAUGGCGCCUCCACGGGAUGGGUCUUUCCCUCCCGACGCGGUAUCCGUGGGGCGGGAGGAGGAAGGAGGAGGUGGGGACGGUGGACCAGUUUGGUGUCGGGGAAAAUGGCACAGCAUUUGGAUUCCUGGAGAACUCGGGCUGGAUCGGAAAUGCACCAUCGCGUUCUUGGGGUCGGUGCUCCGAAUUGAUACUUAUGACAUUUUGGUUUCGCUGGGCGGGGCGGCGAGGGUGGAGUGGGUGCCGUGGGACAAGCAUAUGGCAAAGCCAGACAAGAGUGUCAUGUCUCCUGACCAACUGAUCGUGAUGGUAGACGAUACUCUAAAUGGGACCAUUCAUACAGGAAAUCUGGGCAUCAGCACAAGUUCUAGAACCGCAAAUAUCUUCGAUAAGAGCAACAACAUUGCGUACGAGUCGAGUCAAGUUCAAGUUCUUGUCGAAGUUGAACCCAUUCGUUACACGCUUACGGACAUCGAGUUAGACAAGGUGAUGAGUUCCACAAAACACAGUUCUGUGAUUCUAGGCAACCAUGUUCUGGCUAACAAUCAUGGUCGUGACUUGACGAUUGCCGAAGACGUGACCUACGUCAUCAAGGAGGAACAGUACUGGGGACGUGUUGCUGGGACGGUCACGGCGCUGCCAGCCGUCGUCUACGCUUCCGAAGACGCGGACCCGCUUAACGUAAUGUGGGGUACGGAGGCCGAACUCGACAGGGUGGAUAUGGCGCAUCUUAAGGCAGAAUUACCGAAUGGUGUUGGGAUAAACGCGUCCAUUAUUGGCAAACUUAGGCAUUACGAGGCACCUUACUUCGCGUCUAUCAGAGCUUACUAUGGCGACGGUGAGUCUCGUGCAUGGAGGAUAAACUCUUUCCACAGUCACGAUGUCAUCGUGACUGUAAUUGCUCAGUACAGUUCGCCUUUCUACCUAAACAACGGAACAACUGUUCCUGGUGCUGAGGCGACGUCAAAGUUACUUUAUGAACUAACGACAACGACAACCACGACUACCACCACAACCACUACUACUACUACAACCACAACUCCAGCUCCCACUACCGUCACAACCACGGAAGAUUACGAGCUUUCAACCGUAGCAAUAUACCAAUCCUCUCCUGAGGAAGGGCUAGAAAUAAGUCCCGAGAUAGGAUCUCUAUCGAGAGAUCCGACUUACAAACCUCCUCAGUUUACCUCCAAAGGCUCACAGGGCUUGGAUUCGUCGAACUAUGAAAGGCCUUUGAAAUCUUCGAGCUAUGAACAGAUGAGUGCGUCUGAUCGAAUUUUGUCGGCAAUAGCAGGUGUAGUGACAACUAUUUUUCUUCGACAUUAUUAUUCCUAUUCUGAGUAAAAAUCUAAAAAUGUCUUGAGUAAGAUGUGUACAAAAGCUUUGGCCAGUUCUUAUUGAGUCUCCGAGCUUAGCUCUCUCGCGCUAAUCUUCCAUAGAUGAUGGUUUUAGGAAAUGUUCUUUCAGACCCAAUGCUUGAGCUUCUCAGCUGCAGGCGGGCGGAAAUGGAAUAAAUCUUCCAGAUUUUUCAUCGAAUGCGCGUAGUUCCCAAUGAAGUUCGAGUCGUAAUUACCGGAGCGCACAACUUUUCCGGCCGUGAUUCAUCAAAGACCUGAAUUCAAAAGGCAAUUUGGUUAGAUAAUAAGAGUGCCAAUGAAGAAAGAUUGGCCCUAAUUACAGUCAGUAAUUAUAGAGGGACGCCCUAUAAUGUAUCCUUCUAAUAGCUAAUAGCUUUGUUUGGAAGUCAGGUAUGUCUUAAAUUUAGGAUAGAAAUGAUGUAAAGCUUUUUUAUGGAGAAAACCCGAUCCAUAACUCCUAAUAGCUGACGAAAUCCUUUUUAAUUCACAUUCAUGCUUGAAGCUUUAAUUAAGAAAAAAUUGGCAAUGUGUUCUAUAUUUGCGAUAACGAUCUAUAUAUGCAUUAAUGCUAAUUUUAUUAAAUAUCACUAAUUUUAUUAAUUUAAUAAAAUGCCAAAAAGCCGAGAAAAUUGAAUACUUCUCGUGCGAUUUCCAUAACCACAAUGUUAACAAAUUAUGCACUUGUUGAUCGUUUUAAUUUUACUUA